AUGACGACGUUGACACCUAACACUAUUUCUAAACCAAAAAAAAGACCAUAUAAACCUAUAACUGAGUCCGAAAUCGAGAUAGUUCCACGUCUGUACAAUGAAUUAAAAAAACCUAGUCUAGUUGUCGAAAAUAUAUUAUCUGUCGGUUAUGGUGAAAUGACCACACUUUAUCGUUCAUUACCAAACAAAGCCAGUCAAGGUCGUCGUAUUAAUGCAACGUUACAGGCGGCUGGAAAACUGUGA